UAUGAAGUUGUCUACAGUUUCAGUGUCUGACAUCACAUGCUCAUCAAAUGCGUGCUUUACUUAAGGCAUUUGCACAGUUUUUGAAUUAAGCUCUGACAGAGGAAAGAGAGGGAGGGGUAUGCUAAAUAAACAUCUCUAUUUAUCUCUUUCAACUAAUGCGGUCUCUCAGGGCAUAUACCAGGCCUCACAUGCAGAUUGGGUGUGUGCCUGCAGUAGAUGGGCUGCCUGUGUAUCUUCAUAUGUGUGUGUAAGAGAAAAAAUACUUUCGUGAUUUAGUUCAUAAAUUAAGUACCUGAAUUUUGAUUAUUAAAUAUAUUUAAGCAUGCUUAAAGGACACACAAAAUUUAAUAUUUCCAUCCAAUGGAAUCUGUUUUCAUAAGGCACCCAAUAUGAUGCCUUUCUGGACCUUUCUGGGUUUCUUCUGGACUGUUACUGGACUCCGAGCAGAGAACUGGGGAGACUGACAGCCGUGAAUAUAGGAUGGGUUGUGCUUGUAGUGACGAGAAACAUCGCAAAGACUCUAAAGGGCAUGAACAUAAUAAUUCAUCAAACUCUAACAACUUUCAUUUGUCAAGAGAUCACAGGAAGCAGAGCAACAGUCUAGAUGAAGAUAUAGUCAUUGCUCAAUUUGACUUCCAGCCUGUUAGUGAUAAUGAUCUACAGUUCAAAAAAGGAGACAGACUUAAGAUUAUUAAAGAGACUGGUGAAUGGUGGUUGGCGAAGUCCUUGGUCACUGGUUGUGAGGGAUAUAUUCCGUCUACAUAUGUGGCAAGAGCACAGACGAUGGAGGUGGAGAGAUGGUUUUUAAAGGACAUGAGUCGGAGAGACACAGAGCGUCUUCUGCUGGCACCGGGAAACAAACCUGGAGCAUUUCUUGUGAGAGAAAGUGAAACAACCAAAGGUGCUUUCUCUCUGUCUAUAAGAGACUCCACCCCAGAGCAUGGUGAUGUUGUCAAGCAUUAUAAGAUCCGAGGCCUUGAUAACGGUGGUUUCUACAUCUCUCCCUCCACAACCUUUUCUUCUCUUCAGGAACUAGUCAAAUAUUACUCCAGGACCGCAGAUGGUUUAUGUCAGAAGCUUGGAAGUCCGUGUAAAACCGCUGCCCCUCAGAGACCCUGGGCUCAAGAUGAGUGGGAGAUUCCCAGAGAGACUCUGAAAAUGGUGAAAAAACUGGGUGCCGGUCAGUUUGGAGAAGUGUGGAUGGGGUACUACAAAAACUCCCAGAAAGUUGCCAUCAAGACUUUAAAGGAAGGCACCAUGGAGCCAGAGGCUUUCCUUCAGGAGGCUAAUCUGAUGAAGAAGCUCCAGCACGAGAGACUGGUCAAACUGCACGCUGUAGUCACCAAAGAACCCAUAUAUAUUGUCACAGAAUACAUGGCUAAUGGAAGCUUAUUAGACUUUCUGAAGACGGAAGAUGGCCACCAAUUAAAACUUCCCAAGCUGAUUGAUAUGGCUGCACAAAUUGCAGAGGGAAUGGCUUUCAUAGAAAGGAAAAAUUACAUUCACAGAGACCUGCGUGCGGCUAAUAUUCUAGUCUCUGAGACCCUGCACUGUAAAAUAGCAGACUUUGGCCUUGCCAGGAUCAUAGAAUCUGAAUACACUGCACAAGAAGGUGCAAAGUUCCCUAUUAAAUGGACGGCCCCUGAGGCCAUCAACUUCGGUACUUUCACCAUCAAGUCAGACGUGUGGUCCUUUGGAGUUCUUUUGACAGAGAUUGUCACGUACGGCAGAGUGCCGUAUCCAGGCAUGACGAAUCCAGAGGUGAUCCGUAAUCUUGACAGGGAUUACAGGAUGCCGUGUCCAGAUGGAUGUCCAGAGGAGCUUUAUGACAUCAUGCUGAAGUGCUGGAGGGAUAGGCCAGAGGACAGGCCCACCUUUGACCACCUGCAGGACAUACUCAAUGACUUUUUCAUUGCUACAGAGGGCCAGUACGAGAUGCAACCAUGACCUCAAUGCAGAACCAAUAGAUGAACUGAAAAGGGGAUGCACGAAAACAUAUGGAAUGAUAGGAUGGACUAAACUCCAGAUCAAAAUAUGGAUUAUGGGGAAUAUACUAAAGCAACAAUAAUGAAUCCCUGUAUAUCAGUAAAACAUUUUUUUUUACAUUUACUGUAUGCCAGCUUUGUCAAGAUUUUUUUCUUAGAUUUGUUUUAUCUUGUGGGCUUCUUAGGGUAUUUCAUUAUUUUUUUAAAGGUGAGUGUGCACUUUUUUCCGAUAAGUUACUUUCUUCUAUCACCGCUGUAAGUAUGCAGACAAAUGUAAAUAUGACGUUUGUUUGAUUCCCCUGAAAGACUGUGGCUCUGUUUGUUUGAGCAUUUGACCAGCCCAGCCUAAACAAUGGUACGAGAUUGGGGCGGAGCUAUCAUUUUAUCCAACCAAUUGGAAGACUGGGGGAGUGUUUUACCAGUCAUUAUUUAUGCAGUUAAUUUUGAUUAUUUUAUUCACAGAAAUUAAACACUUUAACUCUCUGAUAAAUCGGUUUUUAACAGUGAGUAAACAAAAUCCUCUUAUAUUUCAGUUGGAAAUUUAAAAGCAUGCACAGAUAUUAAACAUUAUUUCUGCACAUACCUAUGAA